AUCCAAGUCAAACAAAAUGGUGGCGGCCGUAGCAUUUCUUUCACUGAUUUCUGUAUGUUUGUGAUUUCUAACGGAUCUCUAAAAACGACACCAUGGCCGAUACAAUGACGUUCAGCCACCUGAUAGAGCGUUUAGAGGUAGUAAUUAAGAGGUUUACAGACGGAAGCAUCACAACUGAGGACGUCGUCGACCAUCUGAAGUCUCUUACAGUUCAAGAACCCGAUAACUUAAGACAAACCGUUGAUCAAGCUUGCAGGAAUGUCAUGGCAAGCAUGUUGAGGAAAUCUAUCAUGGAGCGGCCUGUUAUGGACAGUAUCGUUUCCUUGGCAAUCGCAUUGGGUGUAAAAGAAUUCUGUUCAGGAAGUCUGCCCGUACUACUGCUAAGUGACAUGUUUGAUAACUUGCCACUGAAAGAAGGAGAAAAACUGUUCUCCCUCGUUGAAGACAAGGUUUCUGUCUGGAAAGAGGAUAUAUUCUUUAGCUACUGCAAGAAUCAGCUUCUGAGGACCUGUAACGAUCUGUUGCGAAGGCUCUCACGGUCUCAGAAUACAGUGUUUUGUGGAAGAAUUCUUGUCUUCCUGGCAAAGAUCUUCCCACUGUCAGAACGUUCAGGUCUCAAUGUGAUCAGCGAGUUCAACGCUGAUAACAUCACGCUAUUUAGCUCGGAAGAUUACAGGGGAAUCGUGUCGAAAGAUAGCACGGACGAUGGGUUGGAAGAAGGAGAGAUGGAAGAUGUGCAGAGCACCAUCACAGUAGAUUACAACCUGUACCGGAAGUUCUGGUCAUUACAAGAGUACUUUCGGCAGCCAACGCUCUGCUACAGUAAAGUACAUUGGAGACAGUUCUCUUCUUACUCUUCGGACGUUUUGUCAGUGUUCGGAAGCUUCAAGCUCGAUGACGUCAAAUCUGGUCAUUGGGCUUUAAACGAAGAUGCUUCGAAGUCGGACACUUCCAAUGCUGUCUACUUCGCCAAGUACUUGACGAGCCAAAAGCUACUAGAACUCGAACUGAGUGACAGCAACUUCAGACGCUACGUUCUCGUCCAGUUCUUGAUACUCUUCCAGUACCUCCAGUCGACCGUCCGUUUCAAGCAGGAUGCGCACGUACUAAACGACGAACAGUCGGCCUGGGUUAAAAACACGUCGUCUCUCAUAUACAAAAUGCUAGAAGAAACUCCUCCGGAUGGUGAAAAAUUUGCUUCACACAUGAAACACAUCCUCCAAAGGGAAGAGUCCUGGAACACCUGGAAGAACGAGGGCUGUCCGAACUUCAGAGAGGCAAGGCCGAUGGAGCCCAUCAAAGAAGGACGGCCAAAACGGAGGCUCGGAGACGAAAUCAAGGCGGCCAUCAGCAACAAAAAAAUCCUUCUAGGAAAGGAUGAUUGCAACCCUGAUAAUGCUGAAAUGAACCGGCUGUGGAACCUGUGUCCAGACAACUGGGAGGCCUGUGCGUCUCCAAAACGUGACUUUGUUCCGAGCCUGGAGAAAUUUUUCGAGUCUGCCGUCGAACAGGCCGAUCCCAACAACGGCAUUGAGAACAGAUACAAGCACGUGUACCAAAGCAACUAUGGCUGGCGAUCGCUUCGGCUGCUCUCCCAGAAGUCCCCGCACUUCUUCACCAGCAGCAAUCAACCAAUCAAGAGCCUUCCCCUCUACCUGGAGUCCAUGGUGUUGAGACUGGCAAAGGAAAUGCCCCUAAGUACUCAGCAUGCUAUGAAUAACAACAAUGCAGACGACAAGACAGAAGUAGCUGAUUAUGCAGCAGACGACAGUGAAGAUGAAUUGUUGAAGAGUAACGAAGACAGUAAUUCGCAGCCAAAGGACACGACUACAGAAUCGAAAAAGGAAGCAACACUAUCGACAGCGCAGCUGAACACACUCGCUGCCAGUAUAGGGGCAGACUGGAAAAAACUGGCUCCGCUGAUGAAGUUCAGCGAAGACGAGAUCAUCUACCUCGCAGGAGAGCACAGCGGAGAUGUCGUCAAACAGGCGCACCAGGUUCUGCUCGUCUGGUCGGAACAGGAACCGGACGACGCCACUGCAAGCAACCUCCAAACUCUCGUCGAUAAGGCUGGGCUUAAGCUGAAAACGCCCAUUGUUGGGGCGAACUAAUAAAUGUUUUUGCUAGAACAGUU